CAUUGAUGUGUUACUUCGAAUAUAUGGGUGUCAAUGUAAUAAGUAUGCAAAACAUGUCAAUUUUCCCGUUGUAUGUAGUGGGAAAGAGAAGAAAAAGAACUGCUAUGAAUUAUACAGUACCAAAAUAUUGCAGUAUAAAAGCAUUUAGUUGUUGAAGUGUAUCUAUGUUUUUGUGUACUGUGGUUUCUUUUGUGGACAUUUAGAAUUGGAGAAGGGCUUUUGAGGUGUCCAUUUUCAUGUUUUUGUAGAGAUACGUGUUUGGAUUUUGGAAUUCUCUAUUGAAGCUAUUUGAUGUUUUGGAUUUUAAUUUUUACUUUGUAUGGUUUUUUCUUUUAUGUUAUUAACGAUUUUAAUUUCUACAUUUUACUGUUUUGUUUUUGACGUUUUCUUGUAUAUUAGACUUCCUGUAGAGCCAAGGUGCAUAAAAUCCUAAUAGAUUGUGUGCACUGUAAGGGAAAUUAUUUGUGUUAAUGAUCUAGAGAGUUGAAUGAUUUAAUUUUCAUAGGAUCUUUUCAGAUAUAGUAGUAUCAAUAUAUAAAAGAUGAUAGUGUAAGUUGAUCUUUAUUAAGACCACCUUGAGAAAAAUGUGCAUGCACCACAUUUAUUGUACACAUCUGUAUUGUGAUUACUGUGUCAUAUAGAGUUAGAUGCAGCCUAAAUAUUUGAAAUAUAGAUCAUUCCAUGUAAAAACGUGUAUGGUAUGAUUUUAACCUUUCCUAUUUUCUGAGGUUUGAAUUAAUUUGGUUGUCCAUGUGCAGGAGGUAAUUUGGUAUAGCACUGAUAUAGUUGUUUAGUAUUUUAACUCCAACAAUUGGUGAGUGCUGAUGGAAACUGAAGGGCCCUCAGCUGUUUCUGUGAGAAAGGCAAGUCUUACGCCUAAGGCUAUUAUAUUCCAGAAGUUUGGUAAGGAGGCUCGCUAUACUGUGGAUGAAGUAAAUGUUGAUCAAAAUGGAUGCCCAGGAUUGGCUAUUCCUCAGAAAGGUCCUUGCCUUUAUCGCUGCAUUUUGCAGCUUCCAGAUUUUUCUGUUGUGUCAGAAACCUGUAAGAAGAAAAAAGAUGCUGAGCAGUCUGCUGCUGAGAAGGCCAUAGGAAAGCUUGGCAUUGAGACUUCAAUGGAUAAUCCCUCUGCAGAGGAAGCAUUCAGUAAAUUAAUUGGUUGCGUAAAAUAUCUAUUUUCAGAUGAGUUCCUUUCAUCACUUCACCCCCUGAGUGGUCACUUUAGAGCCGCUUUGCAGAGAGGUGGUGAUCUUUACAGUUCAGUUCCUGCUUCUAUCAUGGCUGUAUGUGAUUCAAAGCUCAGUAAUCUGUGUAAAUUAAUUAAUCCUGAGGCGGAGUUAAAUAAUAUUUUGAUCAUAUCAUAUAUCAUGAGGGCUGCUGCUAGGUUAUCAGAGUCUGUUGUUACUUUUGAGGGACAGCUUUCUAUAUGGAGGAAAAAUCCAUAUCCGCCUAAUAUUAUAGAAUCAUUAGUAAUCCAGCAAUCUAAUUCCCCUAAUAGCAUAUGUGUUGGAGCCAUAUAUAUUCCGUGUUCACUAGAGAAGGCCAUUCAGUCAGUUACUCUUGAUGUUUCCUCAACUGGCUAUUAUCUGGAUGUUAUUGCCCGAAAACUUGGUUUAACAGAUGGAAACAAGGUUCUUGUCUCAAGGACCCUUGGUAAAGCAUCUUCUGAGAUGAGAUUGUACUUUGCUGCUCCGAAGUCAUUUUUUUUGGAUCUGGCAUCUGAUCUUCCUAAUGUGAAAGAAGUUGCUCACUUUGAAGGUUUGCUGAAUCCAAGAGCAAGCUACUUCUAUGGUCAAGAAAUAUAUGGUGAUGCAAUCUUGGCAUCCAUUGGAUACACAUGGAGGUCUCAAGACCUUUUCCAUGAAGAUAUCACCCUGCAAUCAUAUUACAGGAUGCUUAUAAAUCUGAUGCCCAGUGGAGUUUACAAAUUGUCCAGAGAGGCAAUACUUACAGCAGAGUUACCCCUGGCAUUUACCGCGAAAACAAACUGGAGAGGUUCCUUUCCGAGAGAGAUCCUCAGUAUAUUUUGUCGUCAACAUUGGUUGUCUGAACCUGUUUAUUCUACCGUAAGUAUGCCUUUUGAAGCAUCAUCUGAGUCAUCAAGAUUACACCAGAAAUUGGUGGUUCCAGAGUCGGCUGAACGAGAAAAAGAAUGUAUAAAAGGAGGUGGCAAUGCCACUAGUGGCCAAGAGCCUGUUAGAUGUGAAGUAAAAUUGUUUUCCAAGUGUCAAGAUUUAAUUUUGGAGUGUUCACCAAAAGAAUUACACAAGAAGCUGAGUGAUUCCAUACAGAAUGCUUCUUUGAAAGUUCUCUCUUGGUUAAAUGCAUAUUUAAAGGACCCUGACAUGUCUUUGGAGAAGCUAAACUAUUCUGCUGGUGCCCUUGACAUUCGAUUUUCUCCCGAAAACUUUUUUAAAAAGUUUGCAUUAUGUCGUUCUAGUCAUAAUGUUCACCAUAGUGAAUCUCAAGGAGGCAGAUUUCUAAAAUCAAACUCCAUAAAUAUGCUAGAUGCUAUCCCAGAACAUGGAGUUUGUUGUUUAAGCAUAGGAGGUCCUGAUUUUGGUGUCUGUCCAUCUAAUGGGUCGUUAUUAUUUAUAAGUUAUUCUGUAUCUUUGGUUAUAGAAGCUGAAAAUAUGAAAGAACUUCUUGAAAGCAAAGAGGAGUUUGAAUUUGAGAUAGGAACUGGAGCUGUUAUUUCCUGUGUAGAAGCAGUUAUAACACAGAUGUCUGUUGGUCAGUCUGCGUGUUUCAAUACACAGUUGCCUCCUCAAGAGUUGAUUUUAGCUGCAGCUGAUGAUACUGCUAGAACUCGUUCACUGUUAUCAUCAAAAGCUUGCUGCUUGGAGUACUCUAUAUCAUUGUUGCGCAUGACAGAACCCCCAGAGGAGAGAAUGGAACAGGCUCUUUUCAGCCCUCCGCUUUCGAAGCAACGGGUGGAAUAUGCAGUGCAGCAUAUUAAAGAAUCUUGUGCUACUACUUUGGUUGACUUUGGAUGUGGUUCUGGAAGUCUACUGGACUCUUUAUUAGAUUAUCCUACAGCUCUUGAAAAAAUUGUUGGUGUUGAUAUAUCACUGAAGAGUCUCAGCCGGGCAGCUAAGAUACUUCAUUCAAAACUCAACUCAAAGUUGGAUACUGUCAUUCCACGUACCGGCAUAACAUCUGCAGUUCUUUAUGAUGGUUCCAUUACAGUGUUUGAUUCUCGUUUGCGUGGUUUUGAUAUUGGUACUUGCUUAGAGGUGAUUGAGCAUAUGGAGGAGGAUGACGCGUCUUUGUUUGGCAACAUUGUGCUAAGCUCUUUCCGUCCAAGGAUUCUUAUCGUUUCCACCCCAAAUUAUGAGUACAAUGUAGUACUUCAUAAAUCAAGUCUAACAAGCCAAGAAGAUGACCCGGAUGAUAAAACACAGUCACAAUCGUUCAAAUUUCGCAACCAUGAUCACAAGUUUGAAUGGACUAGAGAACAGUUCAAUCGCUGGGCAUCUGAACUAGCGGCAAGACAUGGUUACAGUGUUGAGUUCAGUGGGGUUGGUGGUUCUGCUGACACCGAACCAGGGUUUGCUUCUCAGAUCGCCAUCUUUAGAAUUGGUUCUGAAACCAAGGAAGAUACUCGAAACGAUGAAGAGGUAACUCACCAUUACGGAGUCAUAUGGGAGUGGGAUAGUAGCAACUGUUCAAGGUCUGCUUUUUGAGAAGUAAAUGCUAACAGCGGUUCUAGUAGCACGCAUAAAGGAGAUUUUGCUUGUAAUUUUACUGGGUCAAAACCAGUUUAACUGGAAGUAUUGUGCAGUAUUUUAGAUGCCGAUAUGGCCUGGUAACCUUACUGAACUGGUUGGUAACCUAAGUUGUGUGCAGUUAUUAACAUAGAAGCAAUAGAUUAUGAUAUAGAUGUAUGUCCAUAUGAUGAAACAUUCGAUAUUAUAUUUGUUUUUGAUCUCUCAAAGUAAUAUUUAUCAAAA